CCCCCCUAUCGUUGCUCCUGAGGCAGCGGCCGCGGAGCCCUCCUCCGGGGCCUCGGCGGCGUGCCGGGCGGUGCUGCGCUUCGCCGCCGCGCAAGCGCCUGGCACGCGGCGUCGGGCUGCGAGGUGCUGGAAGUGCCAGCUGGCAGCGCCGUCGGGGCCGCCCGCUGGGCCGCUGAGGCUCGUGUGUCUGGGACUCGGGCGCCCAGGUUGCAGUGGGCCGCCACGUGGCCGGGAAGGCCCCUGUAGCCACCACUGCCUCAAGCAGCGACGCGCGCACCUCCAGUAGCUGCAGUCUGGGCGUGCAUUCCGACCGAGCUGGUUUGAGCCACAGGGGUGUUGCGCGCUGGUGAGCGGCUGGAGCCAGAACGGCUACGGAUUCCGUCCUCCUCCUCCUCCUCCUCCUCUUCCGUAUCCAUUUUGGCUCAAGGCAAUCUCGGCCCCAGACGUUCAAGACAACGUAGCGUGGCGAGGACCCCCACCGGGCCCCCCGAACGUCCUGCCCAUGGCGCGGCUCCUCCUGCUGGUGAUGCCCCCGGUGGCCGCGGCGGUGCUGAACGUGAAGAACACCGACGGCGAGGCGGCCUGUGCGGCCGAGGACCUGAGGCGCAGGGCGCAGCUGCAGAACAAGCUGGCCGGGGUCUGCGAGGACAUGUGCAGGGAGGUGAAGGCGUACCCGAACUGCGACUGCCCGGCCUUCGUGAAGCCAGACUCUACCCCAGGCGUCAUGACGUGGCCGGAGCUGCUCGACCACAUGGACAACCUUGCGGAGUGGGGCAGGGACAGCAUCAAGGGCUGGCAUAAGCAGGCGUCGCAGCUGCAGACCGCCAAGAACGCCACCGCCAAGAGCCUCAGCGCCAAGUCCGUUGCCGCCCAGAACUCCACACAGGCCAGCGGAGCGGUGAUGAGCCUCAAGGCCAAGCAGCUUAUGGAGGUCACCGUUGGGGGCUUCUCCUCUGCACCAGAGGCGUGCGACUACUGUUUCGGCUCGUUCACGAAGACGGGCGUCCCGCCCGCGGGGCCUGUGGCACCCGCGUGCGUGUGCAUGUCCUACCCCGACGGCGCCGAGCACAACAUGUUCUGCGCCACGCCCGUGUCGGCGGCGCAGUACGUGAAGGAGAAGGGCGGCUGCCUCUGCCAGGCUCGCGACAUGGAGUCCAUGGGACAGACCACCUGCGACCCGUACUGACCAGGGGCGCUGACUAAGAGCGGGCCAUUGCGCCGCCUCGCACGAGAUUCCUCCUUCUCCUCCUCCUCCUCUUUCUCCUCCUCCUCCUCCUCCUUCUCCUCCUCCC